CACGCAGGGAUGCAGGACAUAGUGUGACCCCGAGGAGUGGCACGACUGGCGGUGGCGGGGCAGCACAGGCAGGGAACCGGCACGGGCAGGGAGCCGGCGUGGGCAGGGAGCCAGCACAGGCGACUCGGGGACUGCCUGGCCCUCAGGUUAGGGAGCAGCACUGGCAGCACCGGGGCAGGUGCCACUCGCGCCCCCCGGCCACCAAAAGCCUCCAGCAAAGGCAGGGCUGGGACAGAGCUGCCGGGCAGUGUGGCCACAGGCGGCACCCAGCAGCGCGGAGGGCUCGGCUGCUGCACCCUGUGGAGCCGGUUGCUGGGCAAACACGGCCCUGGGUGCAGCAUGUGCCGGGGUGAAGCUGUCAGUGCCGCAGGGCAAUGCCCAUUGCUGCUGCCUGCACUGCAGGGCAAUGCCUGUUGCUGCUGCCAGCACCACGGUGCAAUGCCUGUUGCUAUUGCCAGUGCCACGGGGACAAUGCUGCUGCCUGCUGCCAGCGCCGUGGGCACCAUGCCCGCAUCAGACCUGUGAGAACAAUGCCAGCUCUGCCUGCACGGCGGGGCAGUGCCCACUGCCCCUGCUACCAGGGCAGAGCCCUCCGGCACUGCCAGUGCCAUGGGGUCGAUGUGCGGCAGCUGCAAGCACUGACCCCUCUGGGUGAGGGCCAGGAGUUUUGGGGGGAUCCCAGCACCCCCAUACCCGGUGCUGCCACGCAGGUGGGGCCGCUCCCAGCCGGGCUGCACACACUCACGCUCCCGUGAUGGCAAAUUACCUUCCCGUGGGAGUCAGGGAUGCCCACAUGGCCGGGAAGUGACAGCACCUGGGCUGAGUCAUCCCCUCUGCACGUGCCACCUGGGCUGUCCAUGGCACUGUGGGGCAGAGCACCCUGCUGGGCUCCUGCCACAGAGCCAUGUCCCCCAGCGGAGCGGUUCCCUCAGGGGUUCUGCCCCCCAGGGACCCCCAUGGCAGGAGAGGACAUGGAGCCGAAGCCCCACCGGUGCCUCAGGGUUGGGGGGAUGAAGCCGGAGUAGCCACAGCCAAGAGCUCUGGUCUGGUGGGCAAGUGUGGGGCAGCCUGGUGGGCAGGGGGAGCUCAGACCCCCAAGCCAAGGGCACCCAGAGGCUCUGCUGUGGCCAGUGACUGCAGCAUCCCCACUGUCCCCAGUGACCCCUGCAUCCCCACUGUCCCCAGCAUCCCCACUGUCCCCCAGUGUCCCCCAGCAUCCUCACUGUCCCCAGCGUCCCCAGUGCUGGGAGCGGAUGUGGGAGGGCAGGGACGGCUGGGUGUGAGGCUGCAGUCAGGCAGGACUCAGGCAGGAGUCACCAGCCGCGGGGUGAAGGGGCAGGAGGAGGCGGAUGGGCAGCAUGAGGUGUUGGGCCGAGGAGCCGGUUCCUGGCCUGUAGCACGGCCGCGAGGCAUGGAGGCGCCGGGAACCCGUCAGGCCAGGCUGGCCAGUCCCGGCCUCGCCAGGGCUCACCUUGCCACGGCUCAGUCGUGUACCAUGCCGGCAGCCAGCGGGGCUCCCGGGGACAGGGGGAACAGCAGUCCCUGACCCCCCCCCAGCCCAGCAGGCAGGUGAGUGGGCGGCGGUGGGGUGGUGCUGCGGGGGCAUGGUGUGGGACAGGAGCUGGCGCAGGGGGCAAGGGUGGCUGGUGCCGGUGACACAGGGCAGGACCAAAGGGCCCCGUGGCAUGCAGAGAGAUGCCAUCGGGUUGCUGAGCAAGGCCCCGGCUCCAGCAUGCCCCUCCUGGUUCUACCUGCCUGAGGUGGCUUUGGGGAGCCCGGGGACCCCAUUGGGACCCUUCAGGGACACGGCAGGGGCCAGCAGCCCUGCUUCAGCUGUGCCCAGCCCCCGCCACACGCUGCAGGUGCUUUCUCUCCACCCCCAGCAGAGCCCAGGGAUGCGUGGGAUGAUGCCCAGGGAUGCGUGGGAUGAUGCCCAGGGAUGCGUGGGAUAAUUCCCAGGGAUGUGUGGGACGGCCCUGGCCAUGGGAAGUUCCCACGGUGGUGACUCAGCUGUGGCAGGCCAGCAUGAGGGUGGGGGGUUCCCACUCUAGGCUGCACUGUCCCCACCACCCCUGAUCUGGGGUCUCUCCCGUAGGUCGUGCCGGCUGCACCAGAGCCCCCACGCAGGAGCGAGGGGACGUCGUGCUCCCCCUCAACCCCCUGCCCAGCCACCCAGUGCCCACCGACACCCCCCACAUGCUGCUGCGGGAGUCCCCCUUCCCCAGCCGGGUGCUGGUGGCCCUGGACCGCCUGGCCCGGUGGCUGCUCACCCCCCAGCUCCUGGGCUGUCUUCAGCCUCCUUGACCUGCGGCAGACAACGGAGGAGCGGAGGCAGGCUCGGCUCCAGCGGUGUGGACGGUGCCACAGCUGCACCAGGCAGGGGCUGGCCGGAUCGGUGUAUGUCAUGCUGUUGCUGCUCUCGCUGCCCCUGGCUGCCCUGGGGCUGCUGCUGUGGCUGCCUGUGCAGGCAGUGCGGCGGCCUUUUGCCUACCAGUACACGGCAGGCACAGCAUCGGUGCAGCCGUGGGACCUUCGACAGCGCCGGACCUUCACCUUCCUCAGUGCCAAUGUCUGCCUUAUGCCCAGCGGCUUGGCCAAGUUCAGCAACCUGGGGCAGACGCCACAGCGUGCCGUCUACAUCGCCCGCCACCUCACCCAGGUGCCACCGGACCCUCCCAGCGCCCGGGCUGGCCUAGUUAAGCCACGCAAGGCGAGGUCAACAGUUACGGCGGGACCCUCUCCACCCCCUGGCAGCCCCCUGGCAGCGCGGCAGUGGUGGCGGUGGCGGCAGAGCCCAUGCCGGCGGUUUUGUCCGAGCAUUUCCCAGCAGAUGCUGACUUCAUCUGCCUGCAGGAGGUUUUCGAUGGCAGGGCCACCACGUGCCUGCGCCAGCAACUGGGCAGCAUCUUCCCACACAUACUCUCUGAGGUGGGUGCCCUCGGGCUCUGGGGCCGUCGGCUGAAGCUGCUCAACAGCGGGCUCUUCCUGGCCAGCCGCUACCCGCUGCUGGCCGUGCGGUACCACGGCUUCCCCAAUGGUGCCCGCGAGGAUGCCCUGGCCGCCAAGGGGCUGCUGGUGGUCCAGGUGCUGCUGGGCUCGGUGCAGGGGCAGAGGGUCGUGGGUUACAUCGGCUGCACCCACCUGCAGGCACCCGCAGCCGAUGCCGCCAUCCGGGAUGAGCAGCUGACGCUGGGGCUGCACUGGCUGCAGCUCUUCCGUGAGGAGCAGGAGCAGCGCGGGGACGUGGUGGCCUUCGACAUCUUCUGCGGGGACCUCAACUUCGACAACUGUUCCCGAGGUGACGAGCUUAACCAGCAGCACCAGCUCUUCAAGGUUUACCAGGACCCCCUGCCGCCGGGGGCCUGGGCAGGACGCACCGUGGGGCAUAGGCACCCUGCUCAACUACCUGAAGAUCUACGAUGAGCCCGUGUCCACUCCGGAGAAGCUGAAGAGGACCCUCUCGCAGCCGUCAGGGCGGCACCAGUACCUGGCAGGCCCGAUCCUCUCCAGCGGGGAGCCCGACCCGGCGGCCCCUGGCCCCUGGCAGGGCCGGCGCUUGGAUUACAUCCUCUACCGCCCGCACCACAGGGACCUGCCGCUGCAGACGGAGGUGGCAGGGUUCUCCGUCAUCACCCAACUGGCCACCCGCUCCGACCACCUGCCCGUGGUCCUGCGGCUCAACGUGGCCCCUGCGACCCCCUGAGCCAUGGCAACAAUCUGGCAACAAUCCGGCGACGCUCUGGUGCCCGCGCAGUUUUAGCUUCUGGUGCAAAAUAAAGGCCUCAAGUGCA